GCUGUUUUGCUGAUCGUAAUUACAAGAGCGAAUUUCGUAGUUCUUGGAGAUGCGGAAAAUGAAAUUAUCGAGAAAGGUUUGGACGAAUUCGAGAAGAAUCCAAGACAUCCAAGAUACUACUUUUGUAUCCAACCGUCCUUUGAAGACGCCAUAUUGGUACCCAAGAUGUUUAUUUGGUGCCCAAUGCAUCAUUUCGGGGCUGUUAUAUUGUGCCCCGAUCACAAGUGUAGGAUGAGAUUCCAUGCUUGGACAUCGAAAACCAAGACAAGAAACUUCGAAGAACCAAGGCUGGUUUAUGACUUGUUCGGUAAUAUCAUACUUGUCCAGGCCAUUUACAAGUGCCCUCACAGUCUCGAGAACAGAAAAUCAUCCGGACACAGGUAUUUGUCUGCCUCAGAAACGAUUUUAAAAUGUCUACCAAGGGAUGUUACAGUAAAAUUCCCAAUUAAACUAUUUUACCGAUCUGCAUGUUCCCAAGCCUUGCUUGAUUACAUAAUCGUGCACAUUGGUCGAGGGCAAACAUUCUUGGAGCUAACCGAGGACAUUUCUUCGAUGAACUUUCGAUCUUAUACACAGUUGAAGGAUGGCGCGAACGGCAGUGUAGGAUCAUUUCACAACAGCGAGGUUUAUUCAUUCCCAAGUAAUGAUCAUUUAAUGUACAUGUUCCUGGCGUACUUUGCAAGUAAGGAAAAUUUGUUUCAAGUAGAAAUGAACCAUCUUCCAUGCUCUAUUCUGUCGUGUGACCACACGUUCAAGGUCAGCAAACACAUCGGAGUGAUACGGAUAACGGAUCAAAUGUUUGUCAACCAAUUCGAAAACAUUUUUAUAUGGCUCAAUGAUAAUGGGCAAGUUGUUACUUGGAGAUUGACACGGAGUACUGCUUUUAAAGAAAUUGAAGACCUGUUAAGAAAUUUCAAAGAUCAACUUGACGCAAAAGGACAAGAUUUGAAAAUGAUAAUUGUUGAUGACUGUUGUUCAGUCAGACAAUCGUAUCACAGAAUUUUCCAAAAUGUGCCAGUCUAUUUAGAUCUAUACCACGCUUGUCAGCGGUUUAUCAAAACGCUCCCAAAAGGCUCCCCUUUUUCACAAAAAAUGGCUAAGGAGUUCGGGCUUAUUUUUCGGUCGGAUGGAGAUACUGGCGACCAAAGAAAACAAGUGACGCCUGAACCGGACAUCAUUGAAAGUAACAUGCAAAUGUUUAUUAGUAAAUGGGAAUCUCGUUUAGCCCUUGCAAGCGCCGAUGCGUGUAAAAAUAUACGCAAGCAUAUAAAAAAAGGUUGUUGUUCUGGAAUUCCUCCCGGAGUUGGCACGCAAAAAAAUGAGCGACUUCAUAAGUACCUUAAGCGAUCACUUCUUGGAGGAGCUAAUACUAUUUCUCCAGAGCUUGCAGUGGCUAUCUUUACGAUGGUGUUUUAUGUUUGGAGCCAAAAAAGGUCCCCAAGCGCCAAAAAGCAUGUUUCAAAUAGCAGAGUGGUACCAAUAGUUCCUGUGGAGAGCAAUAUCCAAAAUUUAUUUAGUACAGUUUCUUCUCUGCGAGACCACCCGAAAUUUAAAUGUGAUAAUAUUCCGAAGGAGAUUCCUGCCGCAGUAUCAGCGGAACAAAUGAACGUUUCAACUGCCACAGUUGGAUCUGAAUGUGAUGUGCCAAAUGGGUAUCGCGGCAUUCCUCCUGGUCAAGUUUCCGCUCUAAAAAACGAGACCGUGAUAAAUUAUGUAAUUAGCAGAGCUCUACACCUGGUUGAGAUCCUGUCCUCAGUCGAUACGCAGUGUAUUUCAAGAGACUUCGAUGUAUUUGAUUUUCCAUUUUCGGACCUGAAAACAAUGAUCGCGUCUAUUCAGCCGGACGAUAAAACGCCCAACAUCCAAAUUGACAUGAACAGGGAAUGUCUGAACAGGCAUUUGGCCUCUUUCGGUUUAGAAAUUGACGCAGUACCCGGCGAUGGCGAUUGCUGCUUUACCAGCAUCAUGAAACAGAUCUACAGAUGCUUCGAAUCUAAUGACGAGGAAUAUUGUGACUUUUUGAGGUCACUAGGAUUUGUGGGUGAUAUAAAGAAGGAUGUCAUGCAGCUGCGAUAUUUAUUCUGCAACGAGAUCAGAGGAAACAGUGCAAAGUAUGCACCUUGUGUUGACUUCGAUAUAGACACAGGAGUGUUGAAGUUUUCCACAUCGGGUUGGUUUAGAGGUAGCAUGGGUGAUUUGUGCGUGCUCGCAUGUAGCAAUCUAUUGAAAGCACCGAUUUUUAUCAUAACAGCACAGCCGCGAUGCCCGUACUUACCCUUUAUACCGACAGAAAUCCGAAGUACCCGAGUUUUAUACGUUGGUCCAUCCUUGGUCAUUAUGAUUCUACUCGUGAGUGCGCACAAGCAGAUGAAGACGAAGACCCUGAGCGGUAUGACAAUUUGUCAUCCCAGACUGGGAAACAGGGAUGCAACUGUGGGGUCAUGUCAAAGCAUAGGAGGAAGACCUGUACCGGUGCUUGUUGCAUUCCAAGCACUGUGUCAAAAUGUUCUUGUGUUGUAGAAGGGAAGACAUGCACGCGGGCAUGCCGUUGUAGAAAUUGUGAGAAUCAGACAGUACAGGUCAGAACAACACUUUAUUCAACUACAUGCACGUGUGGAAAA